CAUUUUUCCAUGUGGGUUCCGCCUUCUUUUCUUCCCUUUCUUUUCGCAGAGCCAAAAAUAUAAGAAAGCCGAGAACUACGCCGGCCGACAUUCACCACCUCCCUGCGCCACCUGCACAACGUCCCACAGAACAUCAACUAGGUACGUGCAUGCAGCAUCCAGUGGUCUUCCUCCUCCCACCAGUUGCACGCUUCAUCGACAACUACAAGCCUCAAAUCAAGCGUGUCAAGUUUGCCAGCAUAUCACUCCCCCCCUCACUAAUUUAUUUUAUUUUACAUAAUGCAGUACAGCUAUUGAACCAUGUCGUACGCCUACCUGUUCAAGUACAUCAUCAUCGGCGACACCGGCGUGGGCAAGUCGUGUCUGCUGCUACAAUUCACGGACAAGCGCUUCCAGCCCGUGCACGACCUCACGAUCGGCGUCGAGUUCGGCGCGCGCAUGAUCAACAUCGAGAACAAGCAGAUCAAGCUCCAGAUCUGGGAUACGGCUGGACAAGAGUCGUUCCGCUCCAUCACUCGCUCGUACUACCGUGGAGCUGCCGGCGCGCUGCUGGUGUAUGACAUCACCCGUCGAGAGACGUUUAACCACCUGACGAGAUGGCUGGAGGAGGCCCGACAGAACUCCAAUUCGAACAUGGCUAUCAUGCUGAUUGGCAACAAGAGCGACCUGGAACACCGUCGCGCUGUGAGCUUCAAGGAAGGAGAACAAUUCGCCAAGGAAAAUGGCCUCAUCUUCCUCGAGACGUCAGCCAAGACCGCUGCGAACGUGGAAGACGCUUUCGUCAAGACGGCGUCCAAGAUCUACUCGAACAUCCAGUCCGGCGUUUGUGAUGUCACUAACGAGGCACAUGGCAUUAAGGUGGGCAUGACGGGCUCCCCAGGUCCUGGUGGCUUCGGCAACUCGAACCCGCCUGCUAACCGAGGUUGCUGCUAAAAAGCACUUCAUAACCUGUCGAGGAAACGAGGAUGUAGGAUUCAGAUCGUUGAGUCCCGAGUUUAAGAGCUUUUCCCCCUAAACAACAAACAUGCUGAUGCUUAUCAAAAACACAUAA